UUGUGAUAUCUUUGACAUCGGCAGCGAGAUAAAAGUCACGCGGUUAUGUUUGGUGAUUGACGAAUCCGGUUGUGUAUGAGAUGUGAUAGUGGUAUACAAAAAUGCUGAAACCUAAAGCUUUAACGCAGGUUUUAAGCCAGGCAAAUACCGGCGGAGUGGAGAAUACGCUGCUGUUGAACCAUGAAGGUGCUCUUCUGGCCUACAGUGGCUAUGGAGACAGGGAUGCAAGAGUGACAGCGGCAAUUGCGAGCAACAUUUGGUCAGCAUAUGAGAAGAAUGGAAGGAAUGCGUUCAAGGAAGACAAUCUCCAGCUGGUGUUAAUGGAAUGCACAGAAGGAAAAGUGGCAGUGACACAGGUUGCUAAUCUGCUCCUCUGUCUGUAUGCAAAAGAAGGUGUUGGAUUUGGGCUUCUAAAAGAAAAAGCACAGGCACUUGCAAAGUACUUGGAUGGACCACUGAAACAAGUUGCAACAUCAUAAAUAAAAUGGAUUUAAACUUUGUUACAGCCAAUUAAUGCUUAUUUAUUUACAGUGUAAUUUUAUACAAUUAAAACACAAAGUGAUCUCAUAA